AAAGAUGGCCGUCCUCAAGGGUAAACUGGUGGCAGGUCUUUUCACGCGCCUGCGCUGGAGAUCUCCGAUGGUGAGAGGGUCCUCAGACCAGGCGGUUCCCCAAGCUUUGUGGAGGUUGGGGAAACUCAACCAUGUAGCCAUCGCCGUGCCCAACCUGGAAAAGGCCACCGCUCUGUAUAGGGACGUGCUACAAGCCCGAGUGAGUGAGGUCGUUCCCCUCCGGGACCACGGGGUCUACACGGUCUUUGUGGAGCUGGGGAACACGAAACUGGAGCUUCUGCACCCCCUGGGAGAAAAGAGCCCCAUCACAGGUUUCCUGCAAAAAAAUAAGGCCGGGGGAAUGCAUCAUAUCUGCCUGGAGGUGGACAAUAUCACCAACGCCAUUGAAGAGCUGAAGAGGAAAAAGAUCCGCGUUCUGAGUGACACACCCCAAAUCGGUGCCCACGGAAAGCCGGUGGUUUUCCUCCACCCCAAAGACUGCGACGGGGUGCUGGUAGAGCUGGAACAAGCCUAGUUCUCCGGAAAAGGGGGAUGCGUCCAUCACACGUUUUGCGGCAACCAAGCUCCCCUUAGCCUCCUAGGAGAGACUUUGCGCCUCUCUCUCCUUUGUGGCACGUAUCGGGGUGCCCCUGUGAUGCAAUGGGGCUCCCAAAACUCCAGGCCCCCAUUUUGAAGGGGCAGGGGCAGGAUUGCCAGCGGCAGUUUCCGCUGAGAGAUCCCAUCCAGAUUUCGGGGAAUGCACCCCAAUAAACACACGGCGUAACCGGAAAUAUGGAUGCAGAACUUCACAUAAAGAACCACAAAUUUACUAUUAAAAACCAAGGAGAAAAGGGUGGGUGUUUUUGAGUGUUUGAGCCAAAUUAGCAACACGAUACUUUCUUUAGGGCAGUGAUUUUCAACCCUGGCAACUUUAAGAUGGGUGGACUUCAA